AUGAUCAGUGAGGCUCGCUGGGUAGACAACGCAACUGCUUCGCUCAUCUCAUCGGACGUCACCUACUACGCGCUUCUGUUCCCCUGCCUUAUCCCAGUACUAAUCACGUUUCAUUUCCUUAUUUUGGCUAGGGACACGAAUUCUUUGUCAACAAUUGAAAUGGCUAACGUAGAUGCAAUACCCGCUUAUCUUGCUGCAACAUUUCCGACACUGCCUUCUGAAAUAAAGGACUAUGUUUCUUCAAUUCUCAAGGAAAAUGUAGAUGAACUAUUGACUCUAGAAGACGUCGUAGAAGCAGUGGGCGACCACAUUCAAAGCUACGUCCAAGAGCUAUGCAACGACGGACUGAAUCGAACAUGCCUGCAGCUUCUACAAUUCCUGCAUGGAGAGAAUUUGCCCAAGGUUGAGAAGCAUGGAGUGACCACGAAGAAGUUGGAUCAGGCUGUGGAUAUGGCGGCGGAGAACCACAGUUUUGCCGAAAUGGAGAGUAUAUGGAAGGUGCAAGCGAGAGAUGUACCGACGUCAGUGGACAAGAAAAAGUUGGGAAAAGCUGAGAACCGUGCAGCGCAGAAGAUCGAGCAGCGCGAAGCAGAGCCCGUAGCACGUAAGAAGAGGCCCGAGAGCUCAGCAACGGCUUCACAGGCACCAGUUAAAGAUCUUGGCGCUCGCGGUUCCAACGUGAAAGACGUCAAGUUGGAAAGCGUUGACAUAUCGAUAGGUACAAAACAGUUGUUAUCGUGUGCGGAUUUGACUAUGGCAUAUGGACGACGAUAUGGUCUUGUUGGUCGCAACGGAAUAGGAAAGACAACGCUUUUGAAAAUGAUUUCGAGUGGGCAGUUGCGGAUACCAUCAGGAAUCAGUCUGCUUGCGGUGGAGCAAGAGGUUGAAGGUGACGACACCAAAGUGAUAGAUGCUGUGCUGGCAUCCGAUUCACGACGGCAAGCGAUGAUCGAGAAAGAACAUGUCUUGCAGGCAAGACUGAACAAGGAGAACAUAUCAGAAACGGAAAAGAACAAAUGGCAUGAUGAGUUAGCGAAGCUGUAUUCUGAAAUGGAAAGUCUACAGCUUGACAAGAACAUAUCAGAAACGGAAAAGAACAAAUGGCAUGAUGAGUUAGCGAAGCUGUAUUCUGAAAUGGAAAGUCUACAGCUUGACAAGGCUCCCGCUCGAGCGGCUUCCAUCCUUUAUGGUCUAGGAUUCACACCAGAUGAACAGAAGAAACCUACAAGAGAGUUUUCUGGUGGUUGGCGAAUGCGUGUCGCCCUUGCUCGUGCUCUCUUCGUCAAGCCCGACUUACUGCUCCUCGACGAGCCUACUAACAUGUUAGAUAUGAGGGCGGUUUACUGGUUGGAAGGUCACUUACAGUCAUGGGAAGGCACUAUAUUGACAGUUUCCCACGAUCGAAAAUUCCUCAACGAAAUUUGCACAGAUAUUGUUCAUUUGCAUACAAGAAGGCUUGACCAUUACAGAGGGAACUACGAUAAUUUUGAAAAGACCAUGAAGGAGAAGCUCACACAGCAACAACGAGAGUACGAAGCACAGCAAACGCUCCGACAGCACACACAAGAAUUCAUAGACAAGUUCCGCUAUAACGCAAAACGGGCCGCAAUGGUACAAAGUAGGAUAAAAAUGCUUGAAAAACUGCCUGUUCUUCAUGCAGUUGAGCUUGAUGCAGACAUCACCUUCAAGUUUCCUCAGUGUGAAGUGUUGAACAACCCGGUAUUACAGCUGGAUGAUGUCUCGUUUAGGUAUAAUGAAGAUACAGCAUUCUUGUUCAAAAAACUGAAUCUUGGUACUCAUGCUAAUUCGCGUAUCUGUAUCGUGGGUGAAAAUGGGUCAGGAAAAACAACGCUCUUGAAACUGCUUCUUGGUGAUCUUAACCCAACGGUGGGUGAAAAUGGGUCAGGAAAAACAACGCUCUUGAAACUGCUUCUUGGUGAUCUUAACCCAACGCAUGGUAUGCGAAAUGUAAAUAGACGGAUUAGGAUUGGUUAUUUCACCCAACAUCACGUCGAUCAACUCGAUAUGGAUAUGACUGCCAUUGAAGUUUUAGCUCAUAAUUAUCCAGGCAAAACCCAGGAGGAAUAUCGCACAGCUUUGAGCCACUUUGGAUUGACUGGCGAUAUGGCCCUGCAAUCGGUUUACACGUUGUCAGGAGGACAAAAGUCACGUUUAGCAUUUGCUAACAUCGCAAUGUUGAAUCCGAACUACCUCAUUUUGGACGAACCUACCAAUCAUUUGGAUGUUGAGACGGUUGCGGCGCUUGGGUCGGCUCUGAACGUUUUCAAUGGAGGCGUGGUCUUAGUAUCUCACGACGAGCAACUUAUUGAAAUGGUUUGCAAAGAGUUGUGGGUUGUGAAAGAUCGAAUGGUAGUCAACCUUGAGGGAGGUCUUGAAGAGUAUCGUAAACAGGUUUACAAACAACUUCAGCUGAUCUCCUAA